AUGUCUGACCCUUCCACCCCAUUGCCAAUCUUACCUGAUCCACACCGUCAACACCACCAUCUACCACUCACACACGGUGGCGCCACCGCACCCUCUUCCUCCUCCUCCAUAAACAGAGAAUACCGCAAGGGUAAUUGGACCCUCCAAGAGACACUGACUCUCAUCACUGCAAAGAAGCUAGACGACGAGCGUAGGAUGAAAACUAGUUCAACGUCAUCAACGACUCCACAUGAACCCACCACCAGCAACAGCAGAACCAGUGGUGAACUAAGGUGGAAAUGGGUGGAGAACUAUUGCUGGAGCCAUGGCUGUUUAAGAAGCCAGAACCAAUGCAAUGAUAAAUGGGACAACUUGCUUCGUGAUUACAAGAAGGUUCGUGACUAUGAGUCCAAAUCAGAAUCUUCCAACAACAACAACAAUGAUUUCCCUUCUUAUUGGACCAUCAAUAAACAACAACGCAAAGAGCAGAACCUCCCUUCAAACAUGGUUUUUGAAGUGUACCAAGCCAUAAGCGAAGUGUAUCCAAGGAAACAAACCCAAAGAAUUACCACACCACAACCUGUUGUCACAUUACUUACUUCAUCACCACUUCAAACACAACGACCUCUACCUCCACCUCCUCCACUUCCUCUACAACAACAACCUCCUCCUCCUCCUCCUCUUCCUCCGUCGCAACCUCCGGCUACCUCCACCACUCCGGCGGUUUCAGAGAGGUCAGAAUCAUCAGGCACAGAGCACAGUGAGGAUGAUGAUGGCUCGGAAUCUAAACGUAGGAAAGUUAGGAACCUUGGUUCGAGCAUAAUACGCAGUGCAUCAGUAUUGGCACGAGCUAUUACGAGUUGUGAGGAGAAGAAGGAGAAACGGCACCGUGAACUGAUCGAGAUGGAACAAAGGCGGCUUCAGAUAGAGGAAGCUAGGAACGAGGUUCACCGGCAAGGUAUCGCCACCCUUGUCGCCGCCGUGACCAACCUUUCCGGUGCCAUUCAGUCACUCAUUAGUUCUGAACGCCAUGGCCAAAGAUAA